GCUUUGGGAACCACCACUGCAGUGCCUGUCACGGGUCCUCAGGUCAGCUCCCUGCAGAGGUUGGCUGGGCAAGGAGCAGCAGUGCUACCUCAGGUUAGGCCAAAGACUCUGAUUCCAGACAGCCUCCCUGUCACCCCGGGCAGGGACCGGCCACCCAAGCAGCCCCCAACAUUCCAAAAGGCCACUGUGGUCAGCAUCAAGAACCCCAGUCCAGCCCUCCCCACUGCCAACAACACCGUCAACCAUGUGCCAACACCCAGCAGCCAGGCCCAGGCCCUCACCGAGCCCACCGCCAUCACCUCACCCCUGAGCAGUGCCGGGGUGGCCUAUGCCAUCAUCUCCACCUCCCCCAGCAAUGCUGCCACCAUCACCCCCAGCACCACCGUGCCCGUGGCCAGCGACAGCAUCAAAGUGCAGCCCCUCCUCAUCAGUGCUGACAAAAAGGUCAUCAUCAUUCAACCUCAAGUGCAGACACAGUCCCAGAGUUCAGCAGAGCCCCAGCCACCCACGGAGGAGCCAUCUCAGGGAGCUCAGGCCACCAAGGAAGACCAGCCCUCAAGCCAGGAGAAUCCAGAGAAAAUCGCCUUCAUGGUAGCUCUAGGCUUGGUCACAACGGAACACCUGGAAGGGACUUAUGCUGAGGAGUGUGUCCCUGUCCCCUCAUCCUCCUACCUGAUACUCAUCCUAAAGCCACCAGAGCCAUGCUAUAAGCAGCUCCUGAAGGCUCUGACCUGCCCUGACCCUCUGGGCAACGAGCCUGUGACUGCUGUGUCUGCCUUUCAUAUCCAGAAAUCCAGAGCAAGCGUCAGGAGCGGAAGAGGGGGAGCACGGCUACCCCCGCCAAUAGCGGCUUCUUGGAGACCGAGAGGAAGCGGCUGGCCUCCAGCUAUCUCCACAACCCCCUGUUCCUUACAGCACGAGAGCGAAAUCACUCAUGAUGAAUUCUGUGCUGCCUGCAAGCGAGGAGCUAGCCUACAGCCCUGUGGCACCUGUUCAGGGGCCUACCACCUCAGCUGCCUGGACCCUCCCCUCAAGACGGCGCCCAAGGGCGUGUGGGUCUGCCCUAAGUGCCAGCAGAAGGCCUUAAAGAAAGACGAGGGUGUACCCUGGACCGGGAUGCUGGCCAUUGUGCAUUCCUACGUCACCCACAAGACAGUGAAAGAAGAAGAGAAGCAGAAAUUGCUACAGCGUGGCAGCGAACUACAGACUGAGCACCAGCAACUGGAGGAGCGGGACCGGCAGCUGGCCUCAGCUGUGAAGAAAUGCCUGGAGCUGAAGACAAGCCUCCUGGCCCGCCAAAGGGGCACACAGUCGUCACUGGACCGCCUCCGGGCCCUGCUGAGACUGAUCCAGGGUGAGCAGAUGCUUCAGGUCGCUAUGGCAACUACCAGCCCCACCCCGCUUCUGGCCGGGACCUGGACCAAGCCUUCCACUACCACCAUGCGCACUGCCCUCCAGCACCCCCAGAGCCACAACUGACCCCAGGGACCUGUAUAAUACUCACGGAAAGUUACUGGGACUUUGCUCUCAAGACCUGGGGAAAUCUGUCAGCCUUAAUUCAUAAACUCUAUGAAUUUUAGACAAAAGUAAACUAGACAGAGUGACAGAGAGAAAAAAAGGAGUGAGCUGAGUAUCCCAGAGCCAGAACUGGCAUGAGGUGGAUCCCUAUACCAGUUGCAGGGGACCACCUGAGGGCCAGGUGAGGGUGUCUCAGAUCAAGGCACAGGCAGCCGUCACCCUGGGCUGCCAGGCCUCCCUAGUUUGUGGCUUUCAUGCCUAGCUCUCUCAUUGUGUUGUCCCCUCAGGAGAGGAAGACUUCAGGCUGUGGAGAGUGAGGCAGUCUAGGCCACGUACAGCGUGCAAGGAGGCAAGCAACAACUGAUAGCUGGUUAGUGGGGGUGGCAGGGUGAGCCUCUGGUACGAGAGUGGGUAGCUAACCUAGGUAGUUCUCCAGUGGCCCUGGGACUCCUUGUGCCCUGCUGCCCCCUAAUCCAUCAGUAUUACUAUGUUGAAACUCAGUCAUUUAACUGGAUAAGUGACAAGCCAGCUUCUCCUGAGGUCACUGCUGCAUGGGCUGCCCAGCCUGGCCUCUGCCUCAUUCUUCCCUAACUCAUGCUCUUGCUGCAGCCCACCUCUUCCUAUUGCCAGUCUCUGGAAUUUUCCUCAUGGAGUGCUGGGCUAGACAGAGCAGUCAGCCACCAUGGGAGGCCCCUGGCAGGUUUCACCUCAUGAUGGAAGCCUUUAGAGCACUCUCCUUUGCAGGAGCCACCAAGAAUCCUGCCCACUUCUUGCCAGUUAAAGACACUAUGCCAAAAAGAGCUUCACACUUUUUGUAUAGCGUUUGUUUUGUUGUACGAUCCGUAAUGUGAACUGCACCUCUGCCUGCCUUCCUCUGCAUCUGGUAGUCUCUGCUCCAGAAUGGUAACCUCCCCUGAGAGGGGCCAGAUGGAGCAUCCAGAGGGAUUUAGAGAUCCAGCCAGGAGGCAAAGAGGGUGGUGCAUUUGGGGGCCUGGCCUUUGGAGACUCCAGAGCCCUCCUUCUCAAUGCUGUCUCCUCAUUUGCAGGAAGUGCAGGUCCCUAGGUACCCUGGGGGUUCCUGCACCUCUGCGAGCCAUGCAGCCCACUUUGCAAGCCCCACCCUGUCCUGAGGGACACAGCACAACCCAUAUGCGAUCAGGAGCCACAGGGCUCCCCUGAGCAUAUCACAUGGUGCCCAAUUGCAGUGAGCACUCGCGCAUGCGCCAGGGCCACAGCCGCACACCUGUGCCCACAGACACAAGUGCAGAAUGGGAAGGCUGGCUGGGAUCCCACCACCAGCUACUGUCCCUCUUGUCAUUUUUCACGACUCCGGGAGAAACUGUGCUGUAGGAUACAAAUCUAUUUUAAUACACAUUACACUGGGUUGAACAAGAUUUUUAUAUUCUUUUAUCGAUGAAUGACGUGAGCUAUGCGAGGCGCACGUCUUUAUAUAUUGGUUACGAGGUGCCGAUUAUGCAUUACCGCACGGCUGGUGACGUAACUGUCUUCAGGUUCUUUUGUUGGUUGAAUUUUCUUCUUGGAUGGAUUGAGUUCGAUUUUGUAAGAAAUGUGGGAGGAUGUGGAAGGUUGGACCCGGGAGGGGGAGCUGCUGAUGUGUCUUGAGACUUAGGUUUUUUUGGGGGGGACCAAGGAGGACCGUCCAGUGGAUAGUGGCUAGAGAAAGUGUUUGUCUUAAAUAUACCAGUGUAGUUUUUCCUUCUGUAUGAUGCAUUAAACCCAAUUUCAAAGCCUG